AUGUCGCUCGCUCCCACGAAACCAGACCGUCUACUAGUGGCGUUGCUCAACAGAGCAUCCACUACCCGCCGCCUUACCAUCCUCGACCGACUCUCGUCCUCCUUUGAGAUCGUUUCAGAGCGAUCCCUGCGCCUAUUGCUUCCCGGAGACGAUGGACUCUUGCGCUCGCUACUAGCAUACGAGAUCGAAACGGAAGGCGAAGCCGUUACUCUCGUCAAAUGGGCCUCCAAGUUUACGACGACUACCAACUUUUUCUUGGUUCUUCAGCUCAACACCGAUGCCCCGAGUGCGGAUCUGUUUGAGCUGGUUCAGAAGGAACAUGCACCUGCGCUGAGGGAAACCUACGGAACGGAUGAAAUCUAUAUUUCGCCCAACCGCGAGACUGCAGAGUUACAGAUCAGCCUGCUCUUUCCCGACCUACACUCCACUAACUCCGUAGACGCUAUGGCCAGUCGACUCGAGUCAGCUGCACUUGAAGCACCACUCAUGACCCACGCCAUCACCUCCAGUGAAGCAAGCGCUAGUGGUUUUAGCACACACUCCGCCUCAACAGCCCGCACCUCCAUCCAUCCUCAAUCUCGAGCAUCAAAUCAUGCUCCCUCCCACUCCACCUUCAGAGCCGGCCGAAUCCCCUCCACUGUUCGCAGCAAACCGUCGAUCGAGCCGCGUCUCAGCAAAGCAGCAGCGCUACGGAUGGGAGUCGAGAUUCAAUCGCCAGCUCGCGGCACCUCUAGCCCUGCCAAAACCGCGGAUGCCGGGAAUGUGGGUAUAUCCGGAGUAGUAAAACGACCGGUUGGGCUACCAGCUUCCUUAAAAGCGCCGAGUAUUGCUCCCAGGUUAAAUAAAGCUGCUGUUGCUCGACAGGGUGGUGCUCCUGCUGGGGAAGGUGUUGGUGCUGUGAGUACUACGAGUGCUGGUGUGCGCAAAUCUUUGCCUUCUUCCACCACAGCUUCCGGGAGUGAAAGUGGGGGGAGAAUGAGGAAACAAGUUGAUUUCUCCAACACUCCCGGCCAUAAACGUCUCUCUCUGGCAGGGUCGAGUGUCGCUUCAAUUGCUCCUCCGAGUAUCGCUCCUAGACAGAACAGAGCUAGUUUGAGCCGUAUUUCUGGUUCCACACCUUCCUCUUCUACCACCACUAACAGCAGUGGAACAAGAGGUGGUCCACCUUCAGCAUACAGAUGCAACCUCGUUGGUCGAGGUCGAGCAACAUCCCUUACUUGCUCCUUCGGGGAAGGUCAGAGAGAACGUCAACCAAUUUCCUUCGACCAAACACCAGGACACAAACGCACCUCGCUUUCCCUCUCGAUUCCCUCUUUAGCUACGCCUUCAAUGAUCCCUAGACAGAAUAAAGCUUCACUUGCACGAACUCGUCCUUCCCUCCCCCACACUACCAACAACAAUACCAGUCUCGUUUCGCCAAGCAGUAGUGCUAAACCUCUUCGCCCCAUACCAACUUCGGCAGAGAGAGGUGGCGAGAGUGAAGGAGAAAAAGAAAACCAAACAACAGACUAUGCUAAAGUCGCACGUCACAAACGACACUCAUUCAACUUUUCUCUAGCUUCAUUAAAACAGCCUACGAUCCAACCUAGAUUGAACAAAGCUGCUAGUGCGAGGAUGUUUGCUGGAGGUAUUGGUGGAUUCAAAUCUUAA